AUGCCGAAGGCUGGAACUUUAAGAUAUCAGGCCCCAGAAAUUAUUGAUGGUGCUAUAUCUUUCACUGGAUGGGCUUUACUGCGUACCGAUAUAUAUUCUUUGGGAUUGGUCUUAUGGGAGUUGCUCACAGCUGCUCUUCUACCUGUCGACCAUGAAAAUGCUUCAGAAGGCGAUUAUGAGACUCACAAUAUUGAUUUUAAGUUGAACGACUCUCCUGAAAACGCGUCCCCAUCGAUUGGUUCAGAUUUAUGUUUGAUGAAUAGUAUCCACCCUGAGUUUGAUCAUCUGGACCCACACAACCCUGUAAAUGUAGAUUAUCGUGCACCAGAACAUAGAAAAAUGAAAAAGCGGCACCACUGGCUACCCUAUGAAAAGGAACUGGGAUCAUUGUGUAAUUCUGCAGCUGCUUUACAACAGCUUGUAUGUCUGGAAAAAUAUCGUCCAGCUGGCCAUCUGUCUUGGUUUAAUUCAACUGUACGUUAUUGA